AUGCUCGGCUGGAUCAAGAAGGGCAUCGGCCGCCUCCUCGCCUUCACUCAAGACGAGCCCGCGUGGCCCCCCGAGAUUUCCGGCCCUUACCCGCACCAAAUCCUCUGGCGUGACGACGACGAUGUCUGGUGCCCUGGCCAGACCAUUCACCUCCUCGACCCCAAGCGCAAGAUUAGCGGAAUGGACAGGCGCGUCCUCGCCGACCACUGGAACUACUGGAGCGAGAAGAACAAUGUCCCCGCGACUUUCGAGUGGGCCCAUCGCCGUGGCUGCGACGCGCUCGCCAUUAUCGUUGAGCCAGGCUACAAGUUCGAGAAGGAGGACAUGGACUACAUCUUUGAACGCACAGAACGCUUCUUAAAACUCUGGCGGUCAGUUUGUAGCGGUUUGCACGAGCCCACGGUCACUGAUGACGACCCCCACAGCAUCGACCUCUUCUCCGGCGAGGUCCUGCACAGCCGCCUGUACCCCGAGUACGGCUACCACGUCAAGUUCGACCGCAUCGUGCUCUUCAUGCGCGACGAGGUCCUCUUCAAGCUCCGCGCGCAGGCCAUGACGCCGCACAUCAUCGAGCACGGCCUCAAGUGGAAGAUCGGGGGCUGCAAGGGCACGCCGCCGUGCAGCCCAAUUCACAUCCGCACCGUCGCCGACAACUUCAAGAAGUGCGGCAUGUGA